AUGUAUUUACAUCUGAUUACCAUAGAUGAUGAAAUGGUGGCCAUUCUUAGCGAAGGUCCGAUAAUGAUUGAGAAGGAGAAAGGUGAAUGGACAGCCGAGGAUAGGCGAAGGAACAACCUAGACAACCAUUGCAGGAGAUAUAUCUUUAAAUCUCUAGACAUAAAUACGUUCAGAAAAGUCAUAGAUUGUGCUAUUGCAAAGGAAGCUUGUGAAACGGUGAUUCGGCUUCAUGAGGGAAAUGAAAGAACAAAAGAAAACAAGAUACUAGUAACAACUCAGAAGGUUGAGAACAUUAAGAUGAAACCGGGUGAAACCAUGAAAGAGUUUAGUGAUCGGUUCACAAAUGUGGUGAAUGAGUUCUCAACCCUUGGGAAGAAGUAUGACAACAAAUAG